UUUCAUUGUUUUUAUGUUUUAAAACAGAAAUUCUAUGGAGGAGAAAAAAUCAUCAUCCUCUAUUUCAGAUGCUGGAGCUUGGUCUAUCAACAUUAUAAGCUCCAUUGGUAUCAUUAUGGCUAACAAGCAACUCAUGUCCCCUACUGCUCUUCAUUUCACUUUCGCAACUACAUUAACAGGGCUACACUUUUGUGUAACUGCAUUGGUUGGGUUGGUGUCAAAUGCGAGUGGAUAUUCUGUGUCAAAGCAUGUUCCGAUGUGGGAACUUAUUUGGUUCUCAAUUGUUGCAAAUGUGUCGGUCACGGGGAUGAACUUGAGCCUCAUGCUCAACUCUGUUGGCUUCUAUCAGAUUUCCAAGUUGAGUAUGAUUCCUGUGGUUUGUGUAAUGGAAUGGAUGGUUCAUGGAAAGCAGUAUUCGAGGCAAGUGAAGAUUGCUGUGUUUGUAGUUGUUGUAGGAGUCGGAGUCUGCACUGUUACUGAUGUCAAAGUUACUGCCAACGGCUUCAUCUCCGCUGCCGUCGCCAUCUUCUCCUCGUCUUUGCAACAAAUUUCAAUUGGGUCCUUGCAAACCAAGUACUCCAUCGGAUCGUUUGAACUGCUAAGCAAGACAGCUCCAAUACAAGCACUUUCUCUACUGGUUACAGGUCCAUUUGUAGACUACUGUUUAACUGGAAAACUGGUCUCAGAUUAUGCAUUUUCGCCUGCUGCAUUUAUUUUCAUAAUAGUAUCAUGCGGGUUGGCUGUAUUCUGCAAUGUGAGUCAGUAUUUGUGCAUAGGGCGUUUCUCAGCAGUGUCCUUUCAGGUUUUAGGACACAUGAAAACUGUAUGUGUGCUUAUAUUGGGGUGGAUACUCUUUGAUUCACAACUCACAUUGAAGAAUAUAAUAGGAAUGGGUGUUGCUGUUGCUGGGAUGGUUGUGUACAGCUGGGCAGUUGAAGCUGAUAAGCAAAUAAAAUCAAACAACACUCAAAUUUUUAUACAACCAGAUAAGGAAGAUGCUCCGCUAAUCAAACAUAUUCAGCUUGUCCAGUCCAAAGUUUGAUCAUUUUACAAGAAGAGUAACAAUUAAACAUAAUUUUUGUUGAAUUACUUAUUCUCUAAAGUAUAGAUGGAGAACAUUCUACAUAGACCGCUUUGCUAACAAUGCCAUUUUGUUAAUUCAUUUUUAAUAAGCGCUGAUUGUCAAGGUCGUGGGUUCAAUUCCUCCCACAAGCGCUCCCCCCUCCCCCAAUUAUCAAAAAAUAAAAAAAUAUUU